UAACCCGCUGCAUUGUGGGUGCUCUGACAGUCAAACAUGGCGUCUGGCAUCCUUGUCCGGUGUGUCCGUGGAGCUAGCACGCUCUACAACCCCGCGCUGAGUUUGAGCCGGGGUAGCGGGGGAGUAUGGACUGCGGUAGCGGUAGCCCCCGGGGUUGCCCGCCGGGACUUCUCGCAGCUGCGUCUCGGACAGGCACCGGGGAACGUGCAGGGCCCGGUGUGUAUGCAGAUACGGCAGUUCAGUGAUGUCCCUCCACUGACGCUGGAGAGCAUCCAGGAGCGAGUAUUCCACGUUCUGAAGCUCUACGACAAGAUCCACCCUGAGAAGCUCCAGGUGACGUCACACUUCAUGAAAGAUCUGGGGUUGGACAGCCUGGACCAGGUGGAAAUCGUCAUGGCGAUGGAGGAUGAGUUUGGUUUCGAGAUCCCUGAUGUGGAGGCGGAAAAGUUGAUGUGUCCUCAGGACAUCGUUAAAUACGUGGCCGAGAAGCAGGAAGUGCACUAACGAGGGCCCCACCUGCAACAGCUCCAUGGUCCACAGGAAGCACAGCAGGGGACUUCUGAUUGUUGAUUUGACUUCAGUUCCAUAGAAACACAUACUAGAGUAAAUAAUUGUAUAAAUAUAAAUUCAUUAAUAAAUAUGGUAAAGAGUUUGAUAAACAGAGUGUGUGUGUGUGUGUGUGUGUGGGGGGACAUGCUCAGAUGGCUGUUGCUUAUUCAGUCUCGUCUGGUCUGAGUCUCAGCGAAAUACCAGCUGGUGGUCUUUUCUGUUGGCGGGUGUGUGUGUGUUCUAAGGGUUCUGCUGUCUGUCUGUAGGCAGGUGUGUGUGUGUUCUGGUGUUCCGUUCCACACUCACUGACGCAAGGUUUCCCGGCACAUCCAGGGUGCUUGUUCGCUGUUCUCUGAAGAAUGUAUCACUGUUGAAUCAGUCGUGCUGUAGCUGCAGUCACUCCUGACGGAACCAGGUAUGCUGCGCAGGAACAUGGCUUCAGUCUGCAGCAGUUCUGUUUGAAUCGGUUCAGUUCUGUUCGAGUGUUCUUGCAGUUCUUGUGUGUGUGUGUGUGUGUGUGUGUGCGCACUGUUCAGAGUGAUGUUUUUCUGACCUAAGAUGAGAGGAUUGUUGGAAGUGUCAUACUUGAUUAAAUUAAACAGAAAUGAUAAUAAAUCCCAAAUGAUGAA